AUGGAACUAGUCAGAACACCACUGUUGGUUCCUAUCAAAAAGAAACCCAAACUGCUCCAUAUUUCCUCUUCCUUUUACCACUAUGAGGUUAAAUUUAAAGGAAUAGUCUUGUAUCUUUUGGAAAGGAAGAUGGGGGCAAGCCGGAGAAAUUUCCUGAUGGAACUUGGCAGGAAAAGGGGCUUCCAAAUCGAAAGUGAAUUAAGAGAUUCAGUGACUCAUAUUGUGGCUGAGAACAACUCUGGGGAUGAUGUGCUGGAGUGGUUGCAAACUACAAAACUGACUAAAGCAAAUCCAUACCAGAUUCUGGAUAUCUCUUGGUUCACAGAGUGCAUGGGAGCUGGAUACCCCAUAAAUAUUGAAUGCAGGCAUCGGCUGCAGGUUCAGCAAGAUUGUUCUGCCAGCUUCAAUCCGCCUCUCUCUUCAUCAUGCGUCCAUGUGUCUCCAUAUGCGUGUCAGAGACGGACUCCGCUGCAAGACAUCAACAGAAUAUUCACGGAUGCCCUUGAUACUUUGGCAGAAAAUUAUGAGUUUUGGGAAAAUAAAGGUCCCCUUGUGGCUUUCCGGAGAGCCUCUUCAGUUCUGAAAUCACUUCAGUCUCCUAUUGUGUCCAUUAAAGACUUGAGAGGUUUGCCACUCUUAGGGGAUGAGAUGAAACAUAUCAUUGAGGAAAUCCUCGAAGAGGGAAAAUGUUGGCGAGUUCUAGAAGUGGUGAAUUCGGAACGAUAUAAUGCAUUUAAGGUGUUCACAUCUAUCUUUGGAGUGGGACUGAAGACUGCAGAAAAGUGGCACAGAAUGGGUUUUAGGACAUUAGAAGAUAUCAAAACUAAAAAGGAUUUAAAGCUUACAAGAAUGCAGAAACAUGGACUACUUUACUAUGAGGACAUCACUAGCCAUGUAUCAAAGAUGGAAGCGGAUGCGGUAGAGCACCUGGUGAAGAAUAUUAUUUGUGAAUUUGUGCCAGAUGCAAUUGUGACAAUCACUGGCGGCUUUCGAAGGGGUAAGGAUGUUGGCCACGAUGUGGAUCUCUUAAUUACAUGUCCUAGAAGAGGAGCUGAGAAAAAUAUUUUGCACAACACCAUCAAUGUACUAAAAAAUCAGGGUCGUCUUCUUUUUUAUGAUAUAAUUGAAUCAACAUUUGAUGACACAAAGCUCCCUAGCAGGAGAGUGGAUGCUCUCGAUCAUUAUCAGAAGAGUUUUAUAAUACUGAAACUUUUGAAAAAAGAAGUUAAGGCUCAAAUCCCAAGAGAUUAUGGCUGGACAGAGCCUGAAGAUACUUAUCCUAGAGACUGGAAGGCUGUUCGGGUUGACCUAGUAAUAUCUCCACAAGAACAAUACGCCUUUGCACUCCUUGGAUGGACAGGCUCUCCGCAGUUUGAACGAGAUUUACGGAGAUAUGCUUCCCAGGAGAAAAAGAUGAUGCUGGAUAACCACGCUCUGUUUGAUAAAACCAAGCACAUUUUUAUGAGAGCCAGAACUGAACAAGACAUCUUUGACCAUCUUGGCCUGGAUUACGUGGAACCAGGGGACAGGAAUGCAUAAAUUUGGCAUUAGUUUAUAAAUAA